CACGUGAGGCCGCUCCGUGCUGUGGGAGGAGGCGACAAACUGCGGUCGUGGAGGGUCCGGUUUAACCGGCACCGGGAAGCGCGCUGGAGCAGGCUUGCCGAGUGCGCUGAGGUAUUGAAUUCCUAAGAAGAAAAUAAUGGAUUGCAUGUUGGCUGUUCUCUGAGUGUCUGGACCAGCAGUGUGUAGGCCUCUGUUGCAAAGGCCGGAAGAAGAUGGUAACUCCUUAUGUCCCGCUUCCUAUGCCCGUAGGAAACCCCGUUUCCAGCUUUACAACCAACAGAAACCAAAGAAGUCCUUCUUUUGGGAGUAUCUCAACAAGCUCAAACUCUUCGAAAGGCCAGUUAGAAGACACAAAUAUGGGUACAGAUUCUUCCAUUGAGUAUUCUGCUAGACCAAGAGAAAGUGAAGAACAAAAUCCUGAAACAGUCAGUUGGGAAGAUAGACCAUCUACACCUACUAUACUGGGUUAUGAGGUGAUGGAAGAAAGAGCUAAAUUUACUGUAUAUAAAGUACUAGUGAAGAAAACCCCAGAAGAAAGCUGGGUGGUUUUUAGAAGAUACACUGACUUCUCUAGACUUAAUGACAAAUUAAAAGAGAUGUUUCCUGGCUUUCGAUUAGCACUUCCACCAAAACGCUGGUUUAAAGAUAAUUACAAUGCCGACUUCUUAGAAGAAAGACGGUUAGGAUUACAAGCGUUUCUUCAAAAUUUAGUAGCUCACAAGGACAUUGCUAACUGCCUUGCAGUGAGAGAGUUUCUUUGUCUGGAUGAUCCACCAGGUCCAUUUGAUAGCCUAGAAGAAAGCAGGGCUUUCUGUGAAACUUUAGAAGAAACAAACUACCGCUUACAGAAAGAACUGCUUGAAAAGCAAAAAGAGGUGGAAUCGCUGAAGAAGCUGCUCAGUGAGAAGCAGCUCCGUAUCAACACUCUAGAGGACAGAAUCAGAAUGUUGUCUUUAGAACCUGAAGACUCACUGUGCAUGUCAGGAACAGAAGGUGGACAGAUCCUGAAGGUGGAGUCCUCUGUACUUGAGUCAGAUCAAGGUGUCUUGGAUGAACCAUCUAGAGCUGAUAGUAAGCCAUGCUUAAGUUGUAGUGAACUUGAAAAUUCUGUGUCAGAGAUAGAAGUAGCAGAAGUGGCUUAUAAUGCUGACGAAGACUAAUGCAUCUCAAGCAUCUCCCUCCAUUUUGACAUUUUAGUAAAUUAGAACCUAGUUGCAGUUAUUUUUUUAAAAAAGGACUGUGAAACAUUUACAGAAAAAGCAAGAAUGUACAUGUAUAAAGUUUACAUAAAGAAAAAAUAUUUAAGUUAUUGGGAUAGGAAGUAUAUUCGCUGCUGCUUUUAAUCAUCUUUUAUCCACUUUUGUAUUCAAUACACUAAAAAAAUCUAGAAUUCUGUUACCGAAACUCAUGUUCUUAAAUACUGUACAUAAAUGAUAAUGGUAUUUUGCCACUAUAUUUUGCUCCAAACUGACAUGUAUGUGUAUUUUUUUUUAAUCACCAGUUAUAUUCGUCAAAUAGAAAUUAAUUGCACGUUCCUAUCGGGAUGAUUAUAUACUUCUUUGUAUCUCUGACAUAUUUUCAUUAGUGGUUUAAAUUAAUGAACAUCAUAGUAAGAAAGACAAGCUGAAUUGUAAAUGUUGACAUUUUUACCAUCUCUAAAUGAAAAUUGGUUGUUUGGAAUGUUAAUACUAUUUAAAAGAAAAGGAAAUGACAUGCCUUUCUAGUACCAAAGAAAAACUGUUUGAAAGAGCUGAAAUCACAGAGUUAAGUGAUAAAAAUAGCCUUGAUUUGAAAAGCUAAUUCAUGAAUGUCGAGGGACUAUAAUACCAUGGAACCCUGGUGGCUCAGUAAUUAAGAGCUUGGCUGCUCACCAAAAGGUCAGCAGUUCGAGUCCACCAGCUGCUCCUUGGAAACCCUAUGGGGACAGGUCUGCUGUAUCCUCUAGGGUCACAAUGAGUCAGAAUCGGCUCGAAGGCAAUGGAUAAUACCAUGUCCUGAUUUAUUAUAAUAUGUUAUGCUUGUUUAUUUUCCAUAUAAUCUUAAAUCUCUACCUGUAGAAUCCAUGGGUUUGCCUUUUUCAGCACACUACCUCUUUUUCUAAUCAAGGCAUACUCUUUGGAAAAUAUAGAGUCUAAGCAAAUAGGAAGUUACACAAAAAGAGAAGAAAAGAAAAAGCCAUAUAUGCUAGAAAGCUCCUAGCUAGGCUGACUCCUCUGGUAUGGCGUUUUUAUUUCUGUAUAUGUGAAGAUGUUGCUGUAAUGUAUUGUGACUGAUUUUAAUAUAUUUAGCCAAGCGAUGCACUUUAUGAUAAUUAAACUCUUUUGUGCCAAGUUUAAUUGGUGAAUUCCUUUAGUAAGUGGAGUUAGGAGAAGGAAUUAUGUAGUGCCUUUAGCCUUGCACAUUUUACAGAAGGGUCCUAGGGUCUGUGAGUCAGCUUUAUGAAAAUGUUUUCUGCUUAUUUCAGCUUUGCAUUUAGUUACUGAAAGUGCCUUGUUUCAUUUUACCGUAUGAAGUUACUCAUUUAUUUGGUUUCUACUGUUUUACCAGUUGCUGUUAAUCUGCACUGUAAUCCUGCUAGCAUUUGGAAAUCCCAUGUGUUAUACUGAGCUGCAUAUGCUUUCUAAACACGGAGGGAAAUAGAAACAAUCUCCAGUUCUUUGUUUCUUUACUGUAAAAGUUUAUGAGUAUCUUGAUUGAUGUACAUGCUAAGAUACAGUUGUUUAAAAUUCCACUCAUAAAGAUCAGCACAUUCAGUGGCUGUUGUUAAUCUCUGAUCUAAAAAAGAGACUAUUUUUUACUAAAGUACCAAAAUUUUUAAAGUCUUUGUCAAAAUACACAGGUGUGCUCUAUCUCAGAAUUUUCCACAAAGUAUAUAUUACAAAUGUGUUUACUGUGCUUGGAGACAGAAAAAUUUCAAUAUAAUGAACCGGUCUACUUGUUCAUUUAAAAAAUACCAUUCUAGACCUUGCAAAAGGUUUUAAAAGAACAAUCAUUUAAAUCGAUUAAUACCAUUUUCAGUCUAAUAAAACAAGGUGAUUUUUGCCAAAUUCCAGAUAUUACAGUGCUAUGUAUCUGCCUUAAAGUGAACCACACCCACUUUUAAAAUCUGGCCUUUCAGAAGAUGGUAUUUGUAGUUUUGGAUGGGGGAAGAAUAACUCUGUUAAUUAGGUAAGCCAUUAUUAUUUAUAUUUAGAAUUUACUUUUUUUUACUUUUAUAAUGCAUUUUAUUCCCAGUAUUCUAUUCAUUUAAUAAAUUAUUUUUUUCAGUACAGCAGGAGCUAUGUUGUUAAGAUAUUGAAUAUCUUUUUCCCGCUCCAAUUUCUGUGUUCUUCUCCCUACUCCCGGUUGUUGUUACAAAUUAAGUUAUCUUUAAGUGCUGCAUUUCACAGAUGUGGAGUGAGUCUGUGAUUUUCUUUUUACAUUUACAUGUCACAUUACUGAUAAUUUUAAGUCUCGUCAGCAGGUGCAAUGAACGUCAGAUGUAACCAAUAUUAAUAAAAAACUAAACAUAACUGAACCAGAAAAACACUUUCGUGGAUAAUCUUUUACCUUUUUUUAAGAUUUCAGUUCACGUAUAGGUAGUUCAACCAUGAAACUUAGCAUUAAAAAUUAUAUUUUAAAUAUAUAUUUAUUUGUUCAAAAUGUAUUUUAUCUGUUAACUACUCUGAGAUUAGCCAUUGGGAAGUACAUUUAGAAAACCGUGUUCCUCAAAUACGUAUGUAGUCUUGUUCGGCUAUCUGUUGUAUUAGGAGGGAACAGUGGCUUAAGUCUAAACAUAAUGCAUACCUGUGGUUUUAAAGUGGGUUUUAUCACUAAUAAGGACAGAGGUGGUUUUGGAUUCUGUUAAAACCAGUGUCUUUUCCCAGAGAGAGGAACCCAAACAUUACCCUCUGGAGACCGUCAGAGAGCUCCGUGUUUGCCCCAC